AUUCUGCACUUCAAAACAUUGUCAUUUGUCUAAGUGAAUUUGUCAUCAUCUUCGUAAAAUUUGGGUGUAAAAACAACAGCACACCCUUUUAAAAUUAAAAUUGACAUACGUAGGAAGAAGAAAAGCAAUGGUCAAAAUGGAAAAACAAAAAGUACCUGUCUGAUAAUAUUUCUACUUGCUUUGAUUCGUAGCCAAAAUUUUCAGUUAGUGGUGGAAUGAAGAUGGGAACGAUUUGAAAUUGUGGCUUUUUGCACUUUUUCAUUAUUUUAAUACCGUCCAAUAACCCUCCGUGAUAAGAUAUUUUUGGCUAAAACUUACCCCAAGUCUCUUCCUCCACGCGUGGCCAGCAAUCCUUCACCUUCUUUCUAAUUUCUGUCCUUUUCGUCAAAUCAACGCCUCAAUGAUGUCGCGUGAAUGAGCACAGCCGCCUCAUGGAUAGUCACACUCAUAUCUGUGAGCUGCCACAACCAAAAGGAAAUGAGGAAAAUAUCUGAUCUGCACAAGAUAUGUAUGCGGGAGAGAGUUCAUGUUAGAAAUAAACUUUUGAUAAUUGGAAGAUUGAAUCGACAUCAGCAGUUGAAUGCAGCAUGGAAGGCACCCUCAAGCGCCAUCGUCAAACCUUAGCCAAACCACAGCCCCUCACCACCGCAACAACUGCCACCACUAACGACCGCCGGCUUCCUGAUAGCUCUGCCGUUGAAGCUUAUAUAGGGGAAGAGAACGGAGACCUCAGUAUAGAGAAAGGCAACUCCGAGACGUGGAACAACUUUUCCAACACAUUCAGGCAGGUGCAAUCCGUGUUGGAUCGGAACAGAUUGUUGAUACAGCAAGUCAACGAAAACCAUCAGUCCAGAACGAACGACAAUAUGGUGCAGAACGUGGGCCUCAUUCAGGAGCUUAAUGGCAACAUUUCCAAAGUCGUUUCUCUCUAUUCGGAUAUUUCCACCAAUUUUUCAGCCAUGUUUGGUCAAGAAAAUGACGCCAUUGGAGACGAGACCAACAACCACUGAUGCUUCUCUUAAUUUUCUCUUCUCCAAUCUAUGUACCAUAAUACUAGUUUUUAACAUCUAGUUUCUAGCUAGUUCGCUUAUUGGAUUUCUCUCUUUUGGUUGAAAUAUCACGAAUAAUGCUCUCAAUAUUUUCAGA